GCUCUUCUUCAUCUUUCCCUUCACAUUCCAAAAUACGUGAUUCUUCUAAAGAGUAUUUUAAAGUCGUGUCACGUUUUAUACGCAUGUUUUCCGUCUUCAAUGCACAGAAGAAAAUGCUUAAACAGCGAAUUUACAACCUCCGAGUAUGUUCGUUGGCGAGUAUUGAUGUGAAAUUUUACUUCUCUAGAUAGUGUGUAGGCGAAACAAAUUUUUGGCGAAUUUACUCGCUAGGAUUGAAUUCAUCGGCGAGAAGCGUGUAAAAUGUUUAUCCACUAAGCUGUGCUGUUGCAAUACAGUUACUACGGUAUUAUGUAUGUUUUUAUAAUUUGUAAUCAAGGCAUGUAUUCUUCAAAGGAAACUUAGUAGUUUGUUUCAAUUGAAAAUGGAUGAGGUACUUAUGCCACUAAUUAAGGAAGAGCCAAAUUCGGAAGAUGAAGCGGACCCGUUAUCUCCAAAUACAAGUGCACGUAACAUGAAGGAAGAAGAUGGUGAUCAUGCCUAUAUCACGCCUGUGCCAAAUAUCGUGGAGGAUUCUGUGAAUAAUGAAGUGAACACUUUUGAGGUGAAGGAGGAAAUAUCCAUUGAUGAACAUGAAAUAUGCCUUCAGAACAUAGACACUGUUAUGUCUGAUGAGAGAGUCUGUCUCCAAGAACCAACAUUUGAUAACCCGGAAGUAAUACAUGAAACAUAUAUGGACCAGCAACAUACACAUGUUAGAAAACGUUUUACACACACUUGUGAUGAAUGUGGAAAAGGAUUCAUUACACCCAGCAAACUAAAAAGACAUUCAUUAGUCCAUACAGGGGAGAAGCCCCAUAUGUGUGAAUUGUGCAUGGGAAGAUUCAAAAGUACAGACCAUUUGAAGAGACACUCUAUUAUUCACAGUGAGGAAAAAGCUUACGAUUGCACAGAGUGUAAUAAGCGAUUUACCAGGUUAGAUCGUCUGAAGGCACAUUCCUUGGUUCACUUUGGAAAUAAACCCUAUGUAUGUAAUGAAUGUGGCAAAAGUUUUAUUAACCGAGGUACACUGAGAAGGCAUACAUUAGUUCAUACGGGGGAAAAGCCACUUGUGUGCAAUAUAUGCAGCAAGAGAUUUAGUCAUCGCACCACUCUAGAAAGACACAGGUUUACACAUACAGGAGAGAAACCAUAUGUUUGUAAAGUAUGUGGUGUAGGAUUUGUUAGAUUGGAUUAUUUAAAAACUCAUACUGCUUCACAUAGUGGUGAGAAAUCAUAUGUUUGCAAAAUAUGCUCCAAAGGAUUUACAUCAUGUGGUGUUUUGAAAAAACAUACAAUGAUACAUACAGGUGUGAAGUCAUACAAGUGUUCCCAGUGUUGUAAAGGAUUUUUUCAAAAAUUUAACUUGAUCCGCCACUUACAGUCACACACAGGACAGAAUUCUGAGAAAAUUGUAGAUUGACUAUUUUGACAAAAUAUUUGUAAACAGAUAUUUACACUGACAAAUUUUCAUCAUAUUGAUAUAAUUUAUUCUUUAUUGGUUUUUGUAUUGAUUUUAGAACUUGGAAAUUUCAUGCUGCUGUAUGAAAGAACAUAUAUUCUAUUUUAGGUUCAGGUUUAUGUUGAACUAAUUUGUGUUGUUAAUUAAUUCCUUGUGAACUAGUAAUAGUUUAAUAUUUGAAUUUUCAAAACUUUUAUACCUUCUUCCAAUAACUGUUAUUGUUUACAUAUUGUCUUCUGAUGUUUCCAGAAACAUGAGUCAUUUAUUAAGGCUUCCCAUACUCAAGCUGCCAAGUGCAAAUAUUUUAUUGUUGUGUAUGAUCUUUUUAAUAAUAUUAUUCCUAAUGUGACAUGAUCACCAUUUGUACCAUUCCUGACUACAAUUUUGAGAGAGGCAAAUGUGUCAGUCCCUAUUAUGGUAGGCUUUUAAAGGUUAUUUUUGGAAUUCUCUUAUUAGUCUUAAGUGAAUGAAAGUUUUUUAUGCUGUUGUCACAUCUUAUUUACUAGUUUUUAACUAAAUUUGAAGAAAUAAACUAAUUGCAUAUUGUUUUACUGUAUUAAGCAAGAUAGAAGAGUAGAUUGGCAUUGACUACUAAGUGUCAGGUCAUGGACAAAAGAUUUUAAAAAGAGGCAAUAAAUUAAAAUUCAAAUGUAUUUUAGGUUUUAUUUUAAUAUAUUUAUAGUGUGUACUAUAAAAUGUGUAAGGUAAUGUUGUGUAUAUUAGAAAAAGCCAACCAAUGAAGGAUUGAUGAUUGAGGCCAAGGGUGGUACUAUCUGUUUAUGCCCACUUGUUUGGUCAGUCAAGAAGUACUAUUGCAUGAGGAAGUGGUCUUUUAUACAGCAUCAUGUCUAAAAGGUCAGUAUGAAACAGUAUGUUGAUGCAUGCCUACCCAGAUAACAUUGAAGUUGUUUAGUAAGAUUAGGUUAAUUUUUCUCCUUUAUAUUUUGUGGCAUUAGUAUCAUAUUGUGUGUAGGAUGCAGUGGUGAAUCAAGACCAUAUAUGGUUGUUAAUUAUGUAGAUAUUUAAAAUUUAGAGGUUAAUUUGUACACUUCAUGAGAAGGUUAAAUAUAGGUUUUAGAAGUC